AUGGGCUCGCUGAGCAGCCGGGUGCUGCGCCGAGGCGGGACCCGGGCCGUCCAGGAGCGGGGCUCCGAGGCGGGGAGCGCGGCCGGGCCGGGCAGCGGGGGAGCCCCCCGGGGGAGCGCCUGCUAUUGCCGGGGCGGCCGCAAGCGCAAGCGCAGCAGCGGCGCCUUCUGCUACUGCGAGCCCGGCUCGGAGGACGAGGAUGAGGACGAGGACGAGGAAGAGGGGGACGAGCAGGAGCGGCUCCUCAACACCCCCCGCAGGAAAAAAUUAAAAAGCACAUCCAAGUAUAUUUAUCAAACUUUAUUUUUGAAUGGGGAAAAUAGUGACAUUAAGAUUUGUGCUCUAGGAGAAGAAUGGAGCUUACACAAAAUAUACUUGUGUCAGUCUGGCUAUUUUUCCAGUAUGUUUAGUGGGUCUUGGAAAGAAUCAAGCAUGAAUACUAUUGAACUGGAGAUUCCUGACCAGAAUAUUGAUGUAGAAGCUCUUCAAGUGGCAUUUGGAUCUUUAUAUCGAGAUGAUGUCUUAAUAAAGCCCAGCCGAGUUAUUGCGAUUUUGGCAGCAGCUUGUAUGCUACAGCUGGAUGGUUUAAUACAACAGUGUGGUGAGACAAUGAAGGAAACAAUUAAUGUGAAAACUGUAUGUGGCUAUUACACAUCAGCAGGGACCUAUGGAUUAGAUUCUGUAAAGAAAAAGUGCCUUGAAUGGCUUCUAAAUAACUUGAUGACUCACCAGAGUGUUGAUCUUUUCAAAGAACUCAGUAUAAGCCUCAUGAAACAACUGAUCUGUUCUUCUAAUCUAUUUGUAAUGCAAGUGGAGAUGGAUGUAUACACUGCCCUCAAGAAGUGGAUGUUUCUUCAGUUAGUGCCUUCUUGGAAUGGAUCAUUAAAACAGCUUUUACCUGAAGCAGAUGCCUGGUUUUCCAAGCGAAGGAAAGAUUUUGAAGAAAUUACCUUCCUUGAAAUUGAUCAGGGAAAAGCUUUUGUACCAGUAUUCAGACACUUGAGGUUGCAGUAUAUCAUCAGUGAUUUAGCUUCUGCAAGAAUCAUUGAAAGAGAUGCUCUAAUACCUUCAGAGUGGUUGGCUUCUGUUUACAAGCAGCAGUGGUUUGCCAUGCUUAGGGCAGAACAAGACAGUGAUACGGGACCUCAGGAAAUUAAUAAAGAGGAACUUGAAGGAAAUAGCAUGAGGUGUGGUAGAAAACUUGCCAAGGAUGGUGAAUACUGCUGGCGGUGGACAGGGUUUAACUUUGGCUUCGACUUACUUGUCACAUACACCAAUCGCUAUAUUAUUUUCAAACGCAACACACUGAAUCAACCAUGUAAUGGAUCUGUCAGCUUACAGCCUCGAAGAAAUAUAGCAUUCAGACUACGGUUGGCCUCUCUUGAUAGUAGUGGGAAACUGAUUUGUAGUAGAACAACUGGAUACCAAAUACUUACUCUUGAAAAGGAUCAGGAACAAGUGGUGAUGAAUUUGGAUAGCAGACUUCUCAUCUUUCCUUUAUAUAUCUGCUGUAAUUUCCUGUAUAUAUCACCAGAAAAAAGAACUGAAAGUGGCGAUCAACUAGAGAAUACAGAAAACUGAGCAAUCUGGUCAAAUGGAACACAGUUGCACUUUGAAAAUGUUUUAUUUCUACUUUAACAUUAUGGCCCUACUGAUAUACACAAAUAAGGUGACUAAUGAUGAGAAAGGCCUUAUGAACUGUAGCAGAUAAUACCUAUAAUUCCUUUUUAUCCUCAGUAUAAUUCUAUGCAUAUAUGAAGAAAGUGAAUUUUGAAGCCAAGAAAUUCUGCCAAACCCAAUUAUGCUAUGAAAAUGUCAACUUGUGCUUUCUGUUUAGCGUUAGCAGACAAGAACUGAAGAUUAAUGGGACAUUCCACAUUUUUCUACCAAACUAAAUACAUAUAUGCUUUUUUUGAUAAAGUGUGACCUAACCCAACGUUGGUGAACUUUGGUUAUAUAUAUCUGUAAAUUUUCUAUUGUUUGGAUGAAAAAUUAACUAGGAAAUUAUUUGAACAGCUGGCUACAGAUUUGAUGAUGCAUCUUUAAAGCUGCCCUUCAAUUUUAUCAUUCAAUCUCUACUAAUUCUGCCGUCCUCUUCUUGUCUGUGUCCUUUUGAUUUGAAUGAUUUCACAUCCCAUAGGUGCUUUGGGAAGUUGAAAGACUAACCUGAGGACUGUAUUUGUUUUUUUCAACUUGAGAUAAUUUUUUU